UGUUCACGCGGUCUAAAUAAGUGAGGUUAUUUGUAUUAACAAAAAUACAAUCGUAACCAAAGAUUUUUGUUCGUUAAAUAGCAACGAACGAAAAAAGAGUUUGGAGUAUUUAAACAAUUUUUGUUUAGAGUUAGUUUUAAUUUUUUCGAAAAAUGGAUGACGAAGCUGAAACAUACAAAUUAUGGCGUAUAAGAAAAACGGUAAUGCAAUUGUGUCACGAUCGAGGUUAUCUAGUUACUCAAGAUGAAUUGGAUCAAACUUUGGAACAAUUUAAAGAACAAUUCGGGGACAAACCAAGUGAAAAAAGACCAGCACGUAGCGAUCUUAUAGUUUUGGUUGCCCAUAAUGAUGAUCCGACAGAUCAACUUUUUGUAUUUUUCCCAGAUGAACCAAAAAUUGGUAUCAAAACUAUUAAAACCUACUGUCAACGUAUGCAGGAAGAGAAAAUUCACAGGGCUAUUAUUGUUGUACAACAAGGAAUGACACCAUCGGCAAAACAAUCGUUGGUGGACAUGGCACCAAAAUAUAUAUUAGAACAAUUUUUAGAAUCUGAAUUGCUUAUUAAUAUCACAGAACAUGAAUUGGUACCUGAACAUAUUGUACUUACACCAGAUGAAAAAGAAGAAUUACUUACCAGGUACAAACUAAAAGAAAAUCAAUUAAUGCGUAUACAAGCUGGUGACCCAGUGGCACGUUACUUUGGUUUAAAACGUGGUCAAGUUGUAAAAAUUAUUAGGCCUUCAGAAACUGCUGGCAGAUAUAUUUCUUACAGACUUGUAUGUUGAUUCAAUGUUUCUAUAGCAAUUUAUUCUGAAAAUUGUAUAUUAUGUAUUAUUUUAAGAGUAAACUAGACUAUAUAAUUUUUAUAAUUACUAUGUAAGAUAAAGAAAAAAUAAGAUCUUGUUAAAGUAUACUUCAUUAAAUUUUAAAAGAAGAUAAAAGUCCAUAUCUGUCACAUGAUACUUUAUUAUACUUCAGUUGCAUUUCAUAAUUACAUAAUUGGUAGUUAUCUACUAACUAUACAUCAGGCAGUUAAUAAUGCUUGGCAUUAAUCUUGUAACAAUACAUUUUCUUUCUAAAUUUAUCUUAAUUGGCUUAUUAGCUGUAAAAAAAGGUAUAAGCAGUGUAAUUUUAUACAUCUUUAACAGUAACGAAUAAAAUUAAGAUCAACAAAAUAAACUUUGUUCAAACAUAUCUUUUAUUACAUUUCAUUAUUAUACAUUUCUUGGUCCAAAUGUGUCAUGGUAUACUGUUGUCAUAAGACAACUCAAUUCCAAAUUCAUUUAAGCAAUUGUACACAUAUAGUUUCAAAGCAAUAUUUAUAACAACUAUAUUUGUAUAUUGCUUUAUUUGUUGCUAUCUUAAAGACUUUGUUCUAACAUUUAAUAUAUGUUAAUUAAAAGAACAAAUAUAGAUCACACAUGUCAAUAAAGUAAUUGCAAUAAAAAACUGAAACAAUAAGGAUAAUAAAUUGUGCACAAUGAAUAUUUGUAACAAUAAAUUCCUCUUAAGUACAGAAGGCAAGUGAAUCUAAUGUUAUAUGCUUAUAAUCUAAGCUACUGAUUUUAAGAAGCCCUUGACAAGAUUCAACUAUACUAUAUUUAUACUCUCAGUAACAUUAACCACAAAGUUAGAAUGAAGUACAUAAAUUUGCGUUUUAAACAUUUCAAACUUAAAUAAUAUAAUUAAUCGCUAUGUUUCUCCAAAUUUAAACUUUAUAAAAAGUGAACAUUAGUAUAUUAUUUGUAUCCUGUUACAAAUUUUCAAUUUCAUUAAUAUAAGAGUCACUUUUUUCCAGGAACUAUAUAAAAUAUAGUAAUUAAUUUAAAAAACUAUUAAUAACAAAAAAACGUUUCGAUAUAUUAGUGGAACAUAAUUUAACAACAAACAUGUUUUUUCUUUUCAUUUUUCAUAGUAAGAAAAGAAAACUUAUUCCUUUUAGUAUUUGCUUUCUUUUUUCACUUAUUUUGAAUAUAGUGCAUGCAUAAGCAUAUAAGAUUACUUAUUUAUAUGAUGAUAUUUUGCAAAGCAGUUAGAUGAGCUAAAAUAUCACUUUAGUCAUAUAAAGUUGUAAUUUUAAAAAAUAAUUAUGGUAGAUGGGCAUAAGUAAAUAAUGCAUGCAAGAGUAAUUAAUAUAAUAUAUUGUUAUCAAUAAAAUGUAAACAUAACGAAUAAUAAUAAUUACACAAUAAGACUACAGAUCUUUAUUGUUUACACGGAAAUAAGAAAGCAAGAUUGUCGAAAUAAUUAGAUAAAAAGAAGUAUUUAAAAAAUAUACACGAACUUUCACGCUUUUAAAAUUAAUAGAUUUUGAAACAAAAACGUUAUACAUACCAUUCGCUUAAAAGUCAAGUCUAUCCCGCACGGCCGAUUUUAUAUUAAUCGUAUAUACGUAUAUCGCUUUUUGGCAUGUCAGUGAAAUGCAUUACGGAACAUAAAUUUUCGUUGCGAAGACAGUAAAUAAUGUGGAUUCAAAUG